AUGUAUAACGCCCUCACGGGGAUGGGCGGGUCGGGCCAGGUCAGCGGCACCGUGGCUGCUAAUUCUAAUGUCGCUACACACGCGUGCACUGCAGGCGCCGCACUCUUCCUCGUAGGGGCUUUCUACAAGUACCUUGGACCUCGUGUCUCGCUUCUCAUAGGUGGUUGGACAUAUGCAUUGUACGCCGGGUCUUUGCUCAAUUACAAUCGAACCGCAAAUGGGUCCUUCGUCAUUGCUGCCGGAGCUCUAUUAGGCAUUGGCGCUGCCUUUUUUUGGGUCGCUCAGGGUACCAUCAUGGUCACCUAUACAAAAGACAGUACCCGAGGCCGAGCAAUCGGUCUUUUCUGGGUGAUUUUCAACCUUGGCGGCGCUAUUGGCUCACUCGCCAGCUUCGGGCUCAACUACCAUUCUAAGUCUGGCACCGUGACGGAUUCUACAUACAUUGCAUAUACCGUCAUCAUGCUUGUUGGCUGGGCACUUUCAAUUCUCGUCUGCUCGACCGAGUCACUUUCUCGUAACUAUGACGGUGGUCGAAUUGCCGAGGAAGCGAAAACGUUGACAUUGGCGCACCUGCAAGCCUCGGUCGUCCAGACACUCAAGAUUGUCCUUGACUGGAAAAUCAUGUGUCUCUACCCUAUGUUCUUCAACGCGAACGUCUUCUAUUCGUACCAGCAGAACAAUGUCAACGGAACAACCUUUAAUUUGCGCACACGCUCGCUCAACAGUGCCCUCUACUGGAUUGCCCAAAUGGUCGGCGGACUCUUGAUGGGUUUCAUCCUCGACCUAAAGUUCCUCAACCGCCAGUCCCGAGCCAAGAUUGGAUGGGCUAUUCUUUUCAUCACCGGCAUGGCCAUCUGGGGUGGUGGUUACAAAUUCCAGAUUUGGGAGGACUGGCGGCUAGAGCAUGGUCACAAGCAGGAUAUUGACUACAAGGCUCACAGCGUGUUCCUCGGUCCCAUGUUCCUGUAUUUCUUCUACGGUGUAUAUGAUGCGUUUUGGCAGUCCUAUUGUUAUUGGAUCAUUGGAGCACAGUCUCACAGCCCCGUGGUUAAUGCUGUUAUUGUUGGUGCUUAUUCUGCAUUCAAACCUGCUGGUGGUUCCAUGGCAUGGAAAGUCAACGCUGUGGGCGUUAGCGCUAUGAAACAGUUCGCCAUGAACUGGGGCAUGACCAUCGGCAGUCUUUUGGUCGCGAUUCCGAGCGUCUUAGCUCUCCAUAAGGCUACAUUCACAUCCGAAGUUGUAGCUGACACCGAGGAGAAGAGCGAUGAAACUAGCAAAGUGUAA